AUGGAACGAGGUCAAAUACUGAUGGGCAAAUACGAAAUAGAGAAACUAAUAGGAAAGGGCGGAUGGGGAAAAGUAUACCGUGCAGUACACACAAAAACAGGCGACACAGUGGCCAUAAAACUUCUAGACAAGCAAAAACUUUUCACUCCAUCUCUCCGCCAAAUAGAGAAAGAAAUCGCCAACAUGAGAUCUCUACGCCACCCCAACAUAGUGCAAUUAUACGAAGUCAUGGCCACCAAAACCAAAAUAUACUUAAUCAUGGAGUACGUAAGCGGUGGAGACUUUUUCGAUAAACUCGAGGGCGUGGGAAGUUUCAGAGAAGAAGAGGCCAGGAAAUAUUUCCAGGAAUUGAUCAUCGCAGUGGAUUUCUGUCACAGCCGCGGGGUUUUCCACCGCGACCUAAAGCUGGAGAAUCUGUUGGUUGACGGAGACGGGAAUCUGAAGGUGGCUGAUUUUGGGCUGAGUACGCUAAAGAAAGAGGGCGGGAAGUUGCAUGGAAUGUGUGGGACGCCGCAAUAUAUUGCACCUGAGGUUUAUACCUCUGUUUUUGGCUAUGACGGCGCCAAAGCUGAUGUUUGGAUGUGUGGGGUUAUUUUGUAUCUUUUUCUUGAGGGGCGUUAUCCCUUUGAUAAUAAAAAUGAUGGGGGGUUCUUCAGGUGCCUUAGUUUCCAGAAGAAGGAUUUGAGAUUUGAUAUGCCGUGGUUUCUUUCUGAAAAAGUGCAAGAGCUGGUGGCUAAAGUUUUGGAUCCUAACCCUAAAACACGGUUUAGUACACGUCAGAUUAUGGAGCACUCCUGGUUUCGUAAGAACUUUCAAGCUGUUAAUGAAAACACAGGUAAAUAUAAGUGA